AUGGAUGCCAUCCACAUGUACCGGUUUGAAAAAACCAAAGAGACGUAUGAACUAAUUGUUCAUCAUGCUGUCAUUCUUCUAUGCUUUUCGUCUGCGAUUGUAUCUGGAAAGUACAUUGGGUACUCUGUUGUUGCACUGCUAGUGGAAGUUAAUUCUGUGUUUUUGCAACUGCGACGGAUUUUAAGAUACCUUUUUAUUCCAAAAGGAAGCAUUUUUCGCGACUUGUGUUUGUCAUGCCUACGAAUUUUUCUUUUCACUCAUAUAUUCUUUCAAAGUGAAUCUGAAUUCAGUUGUAUGUAUCGUGCAACUAAACAUACUUCCCACACAACACCCGUCUUCGCUACCUGCUCUAAUUUGAAUGGUUCCGCUGACUCUGCAAUACCAUAUCGGUGCCUACCGUUCCACUCCCUCAACCUCAUUCUACAUUCAAACUGGAUUCAUUCACCGUGA